AUGGCGCAGGGCCUCUCGUUAAGCCCUCUUUGCGGGCGAUGUCUACUGCGGGCUCGUCGCCAACUAUCAAGGCCACCUUCAUAUAACCAAAUACGUCGUAGCCAUUCAAACCCUCCACCACCUCCUCCGUCUGGCUACUCACAUCUUACCAAUCGGUCGCUCAUCUCCCUCUCCGGCAUCGAUAGCACAAAAUUCCUUCAGGGCUUGAUAACACGAAACCUAUCCGUACCGAAUAAUUCUCCUCCUACUACAUCCCCUUUUUAUGCAGCGUUCCUUAACUCCCAAGGGAGAAUCCUGAACGAUGUCUUUAUCUAUCCACAAACGGCCGCUUCAUCUCCAGACGAGAUGGAAUAUCUAAUAGAAGUGGACAAGGAGCACUCUGCCAGCUUGCUUAAACAUUUCAAAAGACACAAGCUUCGUUCAAAGCUGAAGUUUCGGGCACUCGAUGAAGGAGAGCGAAGUGUUUGGGCACUAUGGGACGACGGAAACAUAUCCACCUACCAUGAGAACGAGGCUAUUAGUAAUAACAAUGCCAUAGCAUGUCCUGAUAAACGAGCACCGGGUAUGGGAUACAGGCUUAUCGCUAGUGGGGACAAACUGCAGACGCAGAUUAUGGAAGCUCUCCCUGGCGAUGAAACCUCGCUUCAAACUUAUACCCUACGUCGAAUACUGCAGGGCGUUGCAGAAGGACAGACUGAGAUGGCUCGGGAAUCUGCCCUACCGAUGGAUAGUAAUGUUGAUAUUAUGAAUGGAAUUGACUUCCGAAAGGGCUGCUAUGUCGGUCAAGAACUAACCAUCCGUACACACCACAGGGGUGUGGUGCGCAAGAGAAUUCUACCUGUUCAGCUAUAUGGCCUUGGCCAAUCACCGCCUACUUCAGAUAGCCCAGUCUACGAACCAGAUACCAACAUAAUACUACCUUCAGCUGGAACCGAAGCUAAUAUUUCGAAAGUGGGCACUGUAAAGGGCAGGAGUGCUGGAAAGUUCCUGACGGGAAUUGGAAACGUUGGAUUAGCUGUGUGCCGGCUCGAGAUGAUGACCGAUAUUGCUUUAACUGGGGAGUCGACACAGUAUGACGCUAGCCAGGAAUUCAAAAUAUCUUGGGAUCCUGAGUCGGGAGGUAUGCAGGAUGUAGGUGAGACUAGGAUUAAGGCAUUCAUUCUCCCGUGGAUAAGAGAUUACAUUCUUAGCGGCGGUGCACGGCAUCGCCAGUCGAGAGCCCAGUAG